AUGCACCUCUUUGGUGGGCAGCGCAGUAAAAGAGACACAGCAGAGAAGAAGAAGAAGAAGAAGAAGAAGAGGAAGAAAAAGGCUGCGGGAGUUGCCUACCGGGAGAGAGGCGACAAGAAGGGACCGAAGAGGCGCUGGCUGGAUGCAGUGAGAAAAGAGAGACAGAGACAGAGAGCAGUGAAGGAAGAGAGCAGCUGUCGAGUGGGAGAAGGCCACCAGGAGCCACAGCAGAGCUCGGAGAAGGCCAGCAGCGAGCUCGAGGGCAUGGAAGCAGAGAAGAAGAGACUCACCUGUGACUGCUUGACGGAGCUGGUGGGAUUUAUUGUGAAUAGUGAAGAUGGUGAAGAAGCAAGUCUGUCACUUGCGAUGGUCAGUCAAGCUACGCCACAAGGCAGACAGACAAGACAGACAGACAAGAUAACUAGACAGACAGUUAACCCUCAGGCUCGCUCAGAUGAUGGUAGUGGCCAGCAGGAUAGACAUAUAGACAAGCAGGUAGCACAUCGAUCUCUCCCCCACAGUCUGGCUGGUUCAGAGAAGAAGCAAAGAGCUGUCAAUGCCCAACUCUCUCUCCCUUCACAUUUAGCCAGCAUGGACGAGAAGACGGGAGACAAGCAUGAGAAGCAGCAGAAGCAGCCGCAGAGCGCAGACAGGCCCUCCUCCGGCUCUACGUCAAUGGCAGACAGGAUACAGUCCUCCGCUGCAGGGCUGUUGAAAUCAGCCAUUACACCCUCUGCUUCGACACCAGCGGGCUCCUACGCCUUUGCAAGGGACGUGUCUUCUUCGCUGGCGGGCGUUUCUAGCUCUGAAAAGGCCGGUGGUGCUUCUUCUUCUUCUUCUUCGGCAGCCAGACCAGGAGCAGCUGUAGAGGGCGGGAUACACCAUGGCUCAUCAUCUACGCAGCCAGGCUCGGCUCUUCGGUCACUGCCUUCCCAGGGGAUGCAGUCGAGCUUGGUAGACCAGGAGAGGGAGUUUCAGCAGGGAGGCUUGCCUGUUGAUGGUGAUACUGCUGAUGGUGCUGGUACCGGCUAUAUAUCUACAUCUACUACUAGCUCCAAGGGGAAGGGCAGAGAAGUAGAUAUGGGAGACGAGCAGUUCGAUUCUGCCUGGAAAUCUGCUUCUUCCAAUGCUACUCCCUCUGCAGUCACGGAACAAGAGCGGAGAGACGGCCAGGCUGUUUCGGAUUUGCUGUCGUCUGCCACCUUCGACCCGUCGUCUCUACCGGAUACGGAUCCAGACGAACUACAGCCAGAACCAGAGCCAGACAUGAGCUUUCUUACGACGAACCAGCGCGGAGAGCAACAACCUGACAUAUCCUCUACAUCGCUAAUACCAGACAUUGACUUUGUUCUCUCUUCAUUACGUGGUAUUCCGCCGCAGUCUCAGGUCGAGCAUCUGCGUGACUUGCCCGGUGUAGCAGAGUGGCUGGACCUUGACCGGGAGUACCAAGAUGUGGUAUGGGGUUCUCUCAAGCCUGCUGUGGAAGAGGCGAGGCAGGAAGUGCAGGAGAAGCUUGAAAAGGGGGAACAAGGGGCUGCAGUUGGCGACGGGCCGGCUGUGGCACGCCUGAGGAUGGUGUUGGCGCAUUUAAAGGAGAAGAAGAGCAUAUAA